CCUUCUUGAAGCGAGUACUCGUUCGUUUUGCUAUAUAUGUUACAAUAAUAUAUAUUUAUAAUUGCGAUUGGUUGCAUAUAAUUUCAUGCCAGAUUCAUAAAAUACACAAUUUAUUUAACAUAACCAACUCUUGUUUUGAAGAUUAACCGGAUUUAAUUUUUAGGCGAGAGACAAAUGAUUAGGAUAAACAUUGGCAACAAUUUGAACUACUAAGCAGCUUAGGUCGUAUGUCUGAAGUAUUUGGACUGUUAAAGAUCGAAGGUAAAACUUAGGUUAUUAGUUGAAUGGUUUCUCGGGCACCGGUAGCUUCGUCACUAUCUUAGCCGUUAGCUCGACAGUUAGCUUUGUUUGUGUACCUGUACAGUAUGGAGGACAUGUACGUCAAACCAGGAAACCAGGAGCGAGGAUGGAACGACCCUCCUCAAUUUUCCUACAGUCUCCAGAAGAGUCAUGGGGGACAGAAAAACCUCCUCAAUAAGAGAGCACCCCCACCUGGUGAUGGUACUCCACCCAUGACCCCGCCGACCCUGUUUAACCCACUGGCUCCACCACCAGGCAUCAAAACUGCACCCCCGGCAGGGCCCCCGCCAAGCUGCCAUCUUACACCCCCGGCUGCCUCCAUCAGGAGUCAAAAGGAGGAUGUCGGUAGCCAGUCAGAGAGUGAGCCUGAUGUACAGAGUGUUAUGGUGGUGUUAGAGCGUGCGCUGGGUGCCUGCAGACAGAGCGUCUCAGAUCAGGUGUGCAACGACAUGGGGAAGAGACUACGCCUCCUGCAGGACAGCUGGCAGUCAGGACGACUGAGUCUCCCUGUGAAGAGACGUAUGAGGAGUCUGUCUCUGGAGUUACAGGCCUGUAACUGGGACCAGGCCGACGACAUUCAUCGCUCUCUGAUGGUCGAUCAUGUGACUGAGGUCAGCCAAUGGAUGGUCGGCGUGAAACGACUCAUCGCUGAGACACGGAAACUUUGCCCCGAACUCUUGGUUUCACUCAAGGACGCUGCUGAAGAUGUUUCAGACUCGGCCCAGGACUCAACCUCUGACUCCUGAGUGCUGACUUCCUGUUUAGAACUUGACAAGUUAUCACGUGAAAAUCUAAACCAGGUGGUGGCAUUCUCUUCAUCCGGCUCCUGCGCUGGACCUGUGUGAAGGACUGGAAAGCUCUGCAUUCUUAGUCACACAUUUCCGCUCCUCACUGCUCACUCAGCAUUUCUGUGUCUCACAAGUGACUCAUUAGAUGUCACCUCAUGUUUCAUAAUCAUUAUUUGUAUUUUUGAGGUUACCUCUCGAUUUUUAAAGAUGGCUUUAUAUGCAUUAUCACUGGGCGUCGGUUUUCAUCCUCCCUGUGAUUUAAUGAAAGACUGGUGGUUUUUUCAUUGUGUGACAUGCCUGUAUGAUGUCCUUUACUUUGUGUACCAAAGACUGAAGGCAGAGAAUUUCAGGCAACUGUACUCCUCAGUGAGCAUGUGAAGUGAUUGUACAGUAU